AUGUUCAAUAUUUAUAAAUCCACAAUAAAUGGGAAUAAUAAUUUCAAUAAUCAUUAUGAUAAUUCACGAAUAUCUCAACCAAAACAACAAUCUCCUUAUCCUAUAAUAAGAUCAACAUCCACUUCAUUUUCUAUAACAUCAUAUCCAGAAUCAACAACAAAAGAUUAUUUUAAUGAAGAAAUAUCAACAAUUUUAAAAAUUAGUGAUUCUCAAGAAUGUAAUGAGAAUUUUUCAAUUUUUAUUAAAUGUAUUAUUGAUAAUAUUUAUGUUAAUAACAAUGAUAUAAUACCUACUUAUCAAGAUUUAUCAAUUAUUUCAUUAAAACUAUUAACUUCGAAUUUAUUUGUUAAAAAUUAUAAAUUUUGUAUUGCUAAGAUUUUAGCAUUUUUAGCUACUUUUACAAGUAUUACAAAUUUUAGAGUAAAGAAUAAAAAUGAAGAAGAUGAAUUUGAUGAGAAUGAUAAUUGUGAUGAAAUAAGUGAUCAAAUUGUUUAUGAAACUGAAUGUUUAAAAGAAUUUUUAUGUAUUACUUUAUUACUACUACUAAAACUAAAGAAUUCAUGUAAUGAAAAUGAUAAUAACUUAAAUGAUGAUGUUUCUAGUGAUACACUGAGUACUAUUUCUUCAACUACAUCAGAAGCAAUAGAAUUAAUUAACGUGGAUGAAGUAUUCAAAACUUUACAACAAUCAAGAUUCAUAUCAAUUAUAUCACAAUUUAUCAAUGCUCAAAUUAAAGCAGUAUCGCAAAGAAAAUCAUCUUUCGUCAUACUAAAGUUUAGUUGUGAUAUUGUAUUUGAAUACUUAUACUAUUUUGAAAAUUUAUCAACGAAGGAGUUUCUUGAUUUAACAUUUAACAAUAAUGAAAUUAUAACAACAAUAAUUAAGGAUUUAUUAUCUUCCAAAAAAUUCACCAACUAUGAUGUCAAUUCAAAUAAUGAAGAUGAUGAUUUUGAAAACGAUUUAGAUGAAAAUAAAUUAGUUGCAUAUGAGGAAUUGAAGCUACUAUUAUUUAUUAAUGAACAAUAUUUGAUGAAUUCAUUUAGGAUUGAAGACAAUAAAAAUCAAGUGUUUGAAGAACUAAUACAUAACGACAACAAGAAUCAGAAAUCAAAUGUAUCAAAUAUUGUUGGAUUCAUCAAUUUAUUGAUUUACCAUUUAAAUCGAGAAGAAAGUAAAAUUAUAAAAUUACUAAUUCUAAAGUUCUUAUAUCUAGUUUUCACUACUUCAUACACUUCAAAAUUAAUUUAUAAAAAUGAUUUAAAAAUUUUAGUCGAUAUUUUCAUUAGAGAACUAGAUAAUUUAGACUAUAAUGAAUCAAUAUUAAUUCUAACUUAUUUAAGAGUAUUAUAUCCAAUAUUAACAUUUUCAGAAUUAAGUGAAUGUAAUAAUUACAAAAGUCAAGAAAUCAUAAAUGUUUUAAGUAACACCAUAAUGAAUUCAAAUAAAGAUAAUGAAAAUUCAACUAUAGCAUCAUUAGCCACAAAAUGUAUGAAUGUAAAAUGGUUAAAAAAAUUCACUCGUAAUAAAGUUAAAUUUCAACAAGAUAAUUUACUGAACUCACCACAAUCAAAAGAAUCUACAUCAGAUUUUAAUUCUCUGGAAGAAUUAAGUAACAGUAGUAAAGAAACAUUACAAAACCUAACAAGAAUAGCAUCAGUCCGAUCAUCAUCAAGAAGUGAUUAUCACAAACACACAACAGUUCAUAAUCAAUUAGAAAGAAAACAUAGUGAAAAAUUAAUCACUAAAAAUUCAUCAUCAUCAAAUGUAACAUCACCAUCAAUUUUUAUAGAAAAUAAUAAUAACGUAUUUUUAAAUCAAUUUUCUAAAAAAAUUAACCUAGAUGACAACCAAAUUAUAAAACAAGAAUCACCACCAAAUGAACAAGAUUCAAAUAUUUUAAAUUUACCAAAUGAAUAUUUAACUCAAAAACCAUUACCUAAAUUACCUGUUCCUGAAAAAAAAUUAAAUCAAAUAUAUUUAGAUGGAGUAGAUACAACUUCUACUAGAAAUUCAAGUUCAAGUUCUAUUAAUUCAAUAAAUCUGUUGAAACAAAAAGCAAUGAGAAAAAAAGCUCCACCUCCACCUCCACCACCUCCAAGACGUCGUAAAUGA